UACCUACUAAAAAAAUAGCCCCCUCUUUACUAGUCUCUGAUUUGGAGGCUAGCGAUUCAGAUAUGGGCGGAGUUGAUCAGUGGGCAAACCUACAUGAAGAUAUGUUGAAGGAAAUUAUAAAGCGGUUCUAUUCAUACGAUGAAUACCCUCGAUUUGGAUUGGUUUGCAAGCAAUGGAACUUCAAUCUUCCACAGAUCCCCAGAGGCAACAAAGUUCCAUGUCUGCUAUUACCUAAAGCUAAAAAAUCUUCCCAAAAUCCUACGAUAUUUGAAGGCACCCUCUCAAAAUUAAGUCAGAAACAAACUCGUAUUCUUGAAGAGAAGGAGAUUUACCAUCUUACAAUGCCAGAGCUGCAAAACAACAUCAUUCGUGGAUCUUGUCAUGGAUGGAUAAUAACCGUAUCAAUAGAUGAAGGCACCAUCCGAAUGAUAAAUCCAUUUACAAAGUGGUCGGAGUUUAUGAAGGGACACCUCCUGAAGAACUUGACUGCUCUAUUUCCCAAUAUAGCUAUUUGGUUGGUUGUGAUGAUGAUGGAAGUUUAUUGAUGCUCGUAAGAUAUGUUCUUUCUCUGAUGCCAACAGACUCUCGGCCCAAUUUAGAGACUAUCAAAUUCGAGGUUUAUAAAUUGAAUGAAAAAGUAUGGUCAAGAAUAUAUAAUUUAGGGAAUUACGCAUUACUUGUUGGACUCAAUUCUUCAGUUCAGAUAUUGGCAAGCAAUUGCAAAGGAAAUACCAUCUAUUUUACUGAUAAUAUGGAUGGAAUAGGCCCAACAGAUUAUGUUCGGGGUCAUGACAUUGGCAUUUUUAAUUUAGAAGAUGGUAGUUGUGAAAGAGUAUUAUCAGAUGUUAGUCUUUUUUGUCCACCUAUUUGGAUAUUACCCUAGUUUAAUCAUUUUCUUUUCUUUUUUUUUUUUUCUGAAC